AUGGCCAUCUACAGCAUCGCGCUCCUCGUCGCAGCCGGUCUGCAGUAUGCCACGGCGACGAGUUGUACGAGUCAGACGGCGUUCACGGGAUUCUGCUUCCUCGACGGAGCCGUCGGCGGUGUGUGCGGUACCGGCACAUGCGUCACGGCAUCAGAUGGGUCAUUGAACUGCUGCCCGGCCGGUCUCGUCGCCACCACGACGUCGACGCGUACGACCACGGUCGCCUGCGUCGACAAGGUGAACUCGAGGACCGGCGUCUCGGAUUGUCCGGCUAGGGUUGCAGCUGGGUAUUGCACUAGGAAGUACUACAAGGCGCUGAUGAAGAGCCAGUGCCGCCGUUCGUGCGGUUUCUGCUCGUCGUCGUCAUCGUACAGCUACACCGCGUCGUCAUCUACCUGCUACGACCGCACGAACGCUGCCACCGGCAUCUCCGACUGCACCCGUCUCUCCUACCUGUGCACCAACUCCAUCUACCGCGCGGUGAUGGCCGCCCAGUGCCCCCGCACCUGCGGCUAUUGCUCUGGC